GCGAUUCGCGUCCCGGAAGCGGCGCUGGCGGGGGAGUAGGCGGCGGAGAUUCUCGGACCUGCGACUUCCGAACGGCCCCAGGAGGAGGCGCGGCGUCGGGGUGGGGCGGGCCUGAGGACACGUCCGGGGCCCAGUGGCCCUACCCGAACCUCUUGCCCGUCCCUGUCCCUCCCCCCACCGAGCCAGAGACCAGGAUGCAGAUGUCAGAGCCUGAGGGGAGUGGGCCAGAGGUGAGCCCCAGCGUGAUGCCUGAGGCUCUGCCAGAGUCUCCACCUACCAAGUCCCCAGCGUUUGAUCUUUUCAACUUGGUUCUUUCCUACAAGAGGCUGGAGAUCUACCUGGAACCCCUGAAAGAUGCAGGUGACGGUGUUCGAUACUUGCUCAGGUGGCAGACGCCUUUGUGUUCCUUGCUGACCUGCCUGGGCCUCAACAUCUUGUUUCUCACUUUGAAUGAGGGCGCAUGGUGCUCAGUAGGAGCCCUGGUGAUUUCAGUGCCUGCCCUGCUGGGCUAUCUUCAGGAGGUGUGCCGGGCACGGCUGCCCGAGUCUGAGCUGAUGCGGAGGAAGUAUCACACGGUGCGGCAGGAGGACCUGCAGAAAGUUCGCCUGUCUCGCCCCGAGGCUGUGGCUGAGGUGAAGAGCUUCCUGAUCCAGCUGGAGGCCUUCCUGAGCCGCCUGUGCUGCACCUGCGAAGCGGCCUACCGUGUGCUGCACUGGGAGAACCCUGUCGUGUCCUCACAGUUCUAUGGGGCUCUCCUGGGCACAGUUUGCGUGCUGUAUCUGCUGCCGCUCUGCUGGGUCCUUGCCCUUUUAAACAGCACGCUCUUUCUGGGGAAUGUGGAGUUCUUCCGAGUGGUGUCUGAGUACAGGACAUCUCUGCAGCGGCGCCUGAACCCCAAGCAGGAAGAACAUGCCUUUGAGAGCCCACCGCCACCGCCGGAUGCUGGGGGGAAGGGUGCUGUGCUGGACAGCACGCCUGCCCUCACGCCCACGGAGAGUCUCUCUUCCCAGGACCUCACGCCAGGUAGCGUGGAGGAGGCCGAAGAGGCUGAGCCAGAUGAGGAGUUUAAAGAUGCGAUUGAGGAGGACGAGGAGGGCGCCCCGUGCCCAGCAGAGGAUGAGCUGGCCCUGCAGGACAACGGGUUCCUGAGCAAGAAUGAGGUGCUGCGCAGCAAGGUGUCUCGGCUCACAGAGCGGCUCCGCAAGCGUUACCCCACCAACAACUUCGGGAACUGCACAGGCUGCUCUGCCACCUUCUCGGUGCUAAAGAAGAGGCGGAGCUGCAGUAACUGUGGAAAUAGCUUCUGCUCUCGGUGCUGCUCCUUCAAGGUGCCCAAGUCCUCCAUGGGGGCCACAGCCCCUGAAGCCCAGAGAGAGACUGUGUUUGUGUGCGCCUCGUGUAACCAGACCUUGAGCAAGUGAGAAGAGAGGCCAGGGUCCAACCGGGCCCCAGACCCUGUGGCCAGCAGUAGACCCCCCACUCUCCCCAGCCCUGGCCCCCGUGGUGUGUGCUGGGCAAAUGUGGCCUGAAUGCUAGGUAGGCUUCCCCUUCCUUCCCUCACUGUUUCCAGCUGGGUUCUGGAGCUGUUCCCCAGUCCUGCGGGUGGCCGACAAUGGCUGCUGUCCAGCACUGAGGGGAGAGGAGCCCCUGGAGGGCUUGGGGUGUGGACCCUGCCCUGCCCUGGGCGGAGCGAGUGGGCUCGGGGCUGCGCAGGGAGCAUCCACUAGAGGGCAGCAGCGAGCUGGGCCUGAUCCGCUGGGCUCUGAUGAUCCGGGCCAGUGUGGCCACACUUGGGAAUUCUAGGAGACCUGAGGUUGGGAGAAGAGUUCUUCCCCUUCAGGGUGUUGGGCUGGGCCCCAACUCUUCUGCUUGAAUGUUCCUUCAUGUACCAGGAUCAUUUCCCCGUCAGAGGGCGUGGCCAGGGCUAACGACCAGGAGUGCUUCCAGAAGCAGGGUUGGUGUUCCCAGGUUCCCCCAGAGGAGAAUGUGCAUAGAGGGCUGGCCGAGUCCUUAGUGUUAAGUGGCACAAAGCAUGGAGAAACCCCAACAGCUCAAAGGGCCUCAGUCCCCCACCUUGCAGCAACCUCGCCUUGCAGAUCUCAGCCCCAUAAUGCCCUGGCGUCCCUGGCUCCACUGGAGCAGCUGCAGGGCACUCAGAUCACUGCUGCUCCUCCUGCCCAGUCUGGGCAGCCCCUCCCCGGCCCCGCGAUCCCUCUCCCUUCACCGGCCCCUCGUCCAUGGAGCGUGAGGCCAGGUGAGCAGAGCAGAGGUCCUGAAGCCCUGGACCCUAGGGGCCUGGGAAGUGUCGGGUCUCGAUGGGCUGGGUCUUGGAUUCCAGGGCUGUUCCCUGGAACUCAGUUAAGGGAUAAGGCCACUUGGGGUCCCCAUCCACUCUCCAACAAUUUUAUGUUCACUUCUGGACUCUUAGGGGCUCUUGGUGUCUCUCCCUAAGCUGUGAGCUGGCUCCGGCACCCCUCUCUGCUCUGGAGCUGCCCUGCCUUUUUGAAGUAUUUAUUUAUUUAUUGCAUGGUUCCUGGGAACACGUAGCACAGGGAAUGGGAUGAAAGAAAUGGGGGCCUCUCCCACUGGGGGCCUGGAGUCGUGGGCUGCCUGGGGCCCAGAACCAGAGGUGGCUGAGACGUUUCUAUGCCCGAGGAGUAGGGACCCGAGGAGGCAGGCUGGGGAGACAAGGAACCCAUCCCAGGUCAGCUUUCUCGCCAGGCCAAGCUGUUUAGCUUGGGCUUGGCAGCCAGGGACUUACCCCAGGCCUGUGGAGGUGCCAGUCCCUGGGGAACCAGGUGGGCCUUGGUCUACCGCCUUUGUCCUGUUACGAGAUGAGAGUUAAGUAUCCUGUGCUUUAUUUACACUGGAGAGGAACUAAAAUGAUCUUUGUGUUUAUGGAGGAUUGUCAAUAAAAAGGCCUCAAGCUGCUCA